CUAAAUAUGACGUCACGUAGCUGUCACUUCAACGCGGAAGGCGACUAAGGCGCAGGAGGAAAAGAAAUGAUCUGCUCCACGUCAGUGAAGUGGAACGACGACGUUAUCGUGAGCUGAUAGCUCCGCACCACCACCAGCACUCUACCGACGUCCCCUGGUUCACGUCGCCGCUUGGAGGCUCCACACAGCCCCUAUGAGCCGAGCCGGAGAGGCGUUGGGAAUCCGUUGAAAGACUACCCCACCAUCCUCUCAGCCUAUCGAUGGGUGAAUCCGGCUCGCGUCGCUCCACGCUGGUUUCCCGCCUGCCCAUCUUCCGCCGGAGCAACAGCAAGCGGCAGGAUUCCUUGCCGUCGUCGCCGUCAUCGGGCGGCAACUGCGUGCACACUUCAUCUCCCUCCAGCACAAAUUCAAGCUCGGGGAGCACCGGCAAAAGGCGGAGCCUCUUCCGCGCCCCUUCCCUCAGCUUCUCGGCAAAGCGAAGCAGCCAGCCUCGUGUCCAGCCCAUCAACUUGAACCUCGCGUCGCCCCCGCCGCCAGCGCAGUCCACUGACGCCAACGGGAACAGCCAGCAGCCGAUUACGACGUCACAGUCGGCGGGUUUAAGCGAUGCUCACCCAAAGUCGCGACAUUCCUUUGGCUUCGGGAGCCACCGGCAGAAGAAAAUCACGCGCUCUCAGACGCAGGAUUUCGACAAGGUGUCGGCGUCCUCUUCCGCGACGAAUCGGAACGUAUUCAUCAACUGCCUCAGCGGCUCGGCGGUCAACGAGGGCGAUGACUCGGGUUUCAUCGAAGAAUACGGCAACAGCAGCAAGCGCUCGUCGCGACACAAGAAGCACCUGCUGCCCAAGUCCCUCUCGGCCCACCACCACUUAUCUCACCAAAGACCCCAAGGGGACAAUCAGAAGUGUGUCGUUACUGCUCCCGUCACCCCGGGCGCCGGAGGGCUCACCCCGGGGUCUUGUCCAAGCGACGGCAGCCUGGAGAGCUCCCUCCAGUCUCCCAUGGUAUCAGAGGACCGUACCACGGCCAUCACCCCUUCUGAGUUCAUCCCCAUCACAGAGGACUCCGUCUCUGAGGCCGAAGCUCUGCCAGCUAUCAGUCCUGGACCCGCCCUCGCGUCUGCACUGACCGCCGACUCGUUCUCGGCUGAGGGUCCAUCGGUCCCGGAGACAUUCAGCGGGACCAUCUCGUCCUCACAGGUUUUCUUCUCUCCUGCUCCAUCUGGCAUUGAGAAACCAUUACUCCCCGACUCCAGCACGACCAACAACACCGACUACGAGACGGCCGUCUCCCUCUCGGAACCGGAAACCGCCGUACUCUGCCCGUCCCCGCAGCAACUAUCGCCGGAUAAGAGGAAAGAGCAUGAAAAAGAGCAAGACGGGGCCGGAACAGGGACGCCGGGACGGGAUUCGGUGAAUGCAGAGACCACCAGCGAGAGUGAGGCCGGAGCGCCGAGAAGCGAUGGCUGCCGCUCGUACCCGGAACAGACGGAGAGGAGGGCGAGGCACACUCUAUCGGUUCACGAAAGAGGAAGCUUUUGUGGCUGUCGUGACCCCAGGUCCUGUCACCUAAGGAAGCCGCACACAGCCUCGUUGUGCAGCAGUGUCAGCCCCUACCAUGAGGUGAUGCGCUUGGAGAGGCGCUUGCGUUCCUCCUCGGAAGGGGCCGGCGGUCCUCGUAUCCACGGCAACCACCGGGACACCCCCAGCGUGGAAGGAUGCGGCCUGCUGAAACACAGGAACAACUCGUCAUCAUCCAAACUGGGAAGUUUGGAUGUCCUGAAUAAUUUGGGCUCCUCUGAGCUGGAUGAAGAUGACCUCAUGUUGGACCUGGACCUAUCUGACGAUCAGCGCCAUCGUCACGUUUCCAGACAAGACUCCAGCCAGUCCUUGGCAUCUUGUCUCAACCUGCUCCACUCACCCAUCGAUCCAUCAGGAGAUCGCAUCCCAGUCAAAGACAACUGCCACAGGGAGCCUCGGCGUCCGACGAGCCUCCUGCCUGCCGACUGCAGCUCGGCUCUGCUUCUGGGUAGGGAAGAUGAGCCCUUGCCUCCUGGCGUGGAGACCCUCCCCCUGCGGCUGAUGCAGCAGGACUGCACCGCUGUCAAGACCCUACUUUUGAGGCUGAGGCGCACCCUGCAGGAGAGCACCGAGACGAGUCCUGCCAGCAGUCUUCAGUCUCUGCCCAUUAGCCCCUGCAGUGAAAAGUCUCUUCCAUUGAAGGACUGGAGCAGAGAGGAGGUGUUGCUGCAGCAACUGAAGGAAAAAGACGAGCUGAUUCUCCGGCUUCAAAGUGAACUGGACAGUGCCAGAGCCGCCCUGAAGAUGAAAGACGGCCACGCGAGUGACCGCGCCACGCAGACGGAGCACAUGGGGCCAGAGGCCAACAACCAUCCAGGGUGGUCGUCAGGACCAGGCAGCAGCAGCAGCAGCAGCAGCAGCAGCAGCAGCAACAGCAGCCUGCCCCCAAAGGAACGAAGAGCAGUGUGGGCCGGGGAUGCACCGCCCCCUCCGCCACUCGCAGGGGACCUCGCUAACGACCCCCAUCACCUGCUAGUUCUUGGUUCCGCCACAGAGGAGAAUCACUCCCACCCACCUGCCAGCGCACCGAAUACAGCCCACCGUUCUUUAAUCGCUGCUGCCCAGCCUCACCUUCACCACGCAAUGCCAUCUUUGACCGGCGAGCAGCCGGAAAGGGUCUCAUCUUCUUCUGAGUCCUUAGGAGGAAGCUUGACAUCCCGCAAAGGGGAGCUUCACCACCACAGUCUCAUCCCCCGGGCGGUGGGCGUCUCCUCCUCCAGCCUCCACAGCCUGGCCAGCAGGGGGAGCAUCUCAUCGUCGGGCCUCCCGUCCCCUCCCAACCCAACCUCCACCUCCUCCUCUUCCUCUUCUUCUUCCUCACCCUUCACGGGGCGCCUGGGGCAACCGCCCCGGGGCCCGCUGUCCCUGCACAGCUACUCUCGUAAAAACGUCUUCCUCCAGCACUCUCUGCACACCGCCGACCUCCAGGCGCUCACGCAGAGAGACACUUGAUCGCGAGCGGACAUUUUGUUUGCUCUUUUCCAAAGUCGCAAAAGAAACGGUGCACCAAUUGAACGGAAUGUUCCACGCAACUCUCGUGGGCGGAUCUUCACUGACUUCACUUUUGUUCACGCACACGACACAUAACACCGAUUUCUUUACUCAUCUCACAAAGUAAAAAAGAAACAAAAUGCGACGAAAAAAAACAUUGACCCCCCCCCAAACACACACACACAUAGAAAGGCAAUCACAAGAGAAAACAAGAAACACUGGUGAAAUUCACCUGAACACAACCAGGCUUCAGGCCUGCAUGAGCCCUCUCUGAAUUUUUUUUCACACACACACACACACACACACACACACACACACACACACACACACACACACACACACACACACACACACACACACACCAAAUGUCGAAGCUCCCACGUGGUGUCAUGCCAACAGUUUAGUUGUGCUUACACCCACGUGCAUGCACUACAAAGUACACACCUGCGCGCACACACAACCAUCCAGAUAUGCUCAUGGAUGGCUAAAAGGAAACAGGAUGAACCUCAACCGAGAAAUGGUGUUUGUUAUUUUUGAAUGUAAUUAUUUUCUUUUCAUACUUUUAAUUUAUUUGAAGCUUUUUUGUGUGGUUUUUUUUUGUUGUUGCUGCUGAACGCAAUGGGGACUGACUGUCAACCGUGCUUUGCAGGGAUGCUCGCCGAUGCCGUUGUCUCACGUUGCCAAAAUGAACGCAUCAGUUCCUGCACAUCCUCCCUCCCUCCCUCCCUCCCUCCAUUCAUCCAUCCAUCCUUCCUUCCGCCUUUUGUUUCUUCCGUCCAGUGUGUGCGGGGUGCUGACGCUUAAAGGGACACUUAACAGGUGAGCGUCCGAAGUCUUAACUAAGUUAGCUUAACUAAGAAGACUUAGCGAAGUCUGCCGCUAAGUUUUUCAAGAAGGGAACUUAACGUAUACGGCUGGUGAGCGCAUUUGUAAAAGUCCACUUUAUAAUUUAUUACAGCAGCACUCAUGUAGAAACAAGAUUUGAAAAAUUAUAUUGGAAAAUUCUAAACUCAUACAUUGAAGGAUUUUGUUGUUAUUUUUGUAAUGUUGCUCUUGAUUUUUAAUCAAUGGGCAGCAUGGUGGUAUAAAGGUUAUCAUAUCGACCUCACAGUUCUGAGGUUCUGGAUUUUAAUCCCUCCUGUGUGGAAGUUGCACGUGACUCGAUUUAACCCCCCGUGCCAAAAGAACACGCAUGUUAUGUUCAGAUCCGAAAUCAUUGAUUGAAUGGUGAUUGUUUGUCUAUACACUUAAGUACCCUGUGAUUGGCUGGCAAUCAGUCCACAGUGUAAAUCGCGUCUUUGGCUCCACUGUCUGCAACCCGAAUGAGAAUAGGCAUGAUGGAAAGUGGAUGGAUGGGUUCCCCACGCCUGCUUUUAAAAUCCAUAAACUCCAAAAUAAUUCCAGAAUCGUGUCGUUGUAGUUUCUAGUUCUUCGUUUGAGGCCAAAAUAUUUUAAAAAACAUUCAUAGACACCAAAAGGGUAAUUUACACAGUUUUGGGGCUGUCUUUAACCAGCAAAUAAGUUGAUCCAUCUAAAAUUUUGGCAACAAAAGUCCUGACUUUUGUUGCCAAAAUGUCAAAACAUUGACAGAAAGACACACAUACUGUACAUCAAAGCUUUCAAAACUGAAAACCGUCGAAAAACUUUCCAUGUAUCACUUCAUUGGUGUGAUCGACUUAAAUUGAAAUUCAAGCAGAGACUUCAAGCCUGCCAGAAAGUUUGUAGAUUUUGAAUUCAAGCGGAAACAUCUAAUUGCUGGCAAAGUUUUUUUUUUUUUUUUUUUAAAUGUACACCCAUUUUUCUGGUCAGAUUACAACCAUGUUGAGUGAGUUGAAGAUUUGAUGAUGUCAACAGUUUGACGGGGGAAGGUUCCAGUUGUAUGGGAAAAGUGCUUCCAAAUUGGACACACUGGACAAUUUUUGUGCUUUUCCAAUACAACAAACGCUAAUCUGGUUUCUGAAAGAGGCGGCGUCCAAUUGUUUUGUCUCCAACUUCAAACCUCGUUAGUAUGGAUCCAUUUUUACAUUAAGAGUCUGAGUAAAAGGUUAUGCACGACACCGCCAUUUUGGCUCAACCGCGUAUUUAUUGCUGCUGGAUGCCAGAACCCCGCCAUUUUUCUUUCCCUUCAAGUCCUUCUCUGACUUCAUUCACCUCAAUCCUGUUUAUCACACUCCGCUUUCUUUCAACCUACGGUACUGACAUUCCAUCUCAUUGAAGACUCAAAAAGCUAUAUUUCGAAUGGUGGGAAUAUUAUUUUUAUUUUUUAUUAUUGCCUUAUUUAUGUUUACCACCAUAGAAAACAUGAAGAACAAUCACGCAGUGGAAAGGACAUGAAUAACUAUGAUGAUGCUAUCAUGAAGGAAUGGAAAAAAACCAAGAUAUCGUUUUAGCUUUUUAAAAUGUUGCUGAUGAAAUGUUUUGUUUUUGUUCUGGAAUCACUUUUUGGAUUGUAAAUGACCCGACCUGUAUAUAUGAUUCUUAUGAGAAGGUGUGAACAAACUUGCCUGUCAACAGGCCAGUUAGAGUAGACGUGGCCAUUAAAAAAAAAAAAAACAAACAAAACAACAACAACAAUCGUUCCAGAUCCUAAUCGUGAUAGCAUGUACGUACACGCACUUCUGAAGGCCUUUGCACUUUAGCUCAGUGCGACCUAAAAAAAACCUCAUGGGGGAAAAAAAGACAUCAAGCUAAAAAGUUUGGAAAAGUGUUUUUUGACGAUUUUCACGCAAUGCUUCUUUCCUGUAAAUAUUGUUGUUGAAAAGACUGUUGACUUCCCUUUUGAGCCAAUGCCCUGUUUGUGUGAAACCCUUCAUUUUGUGGGCUGAGCAAGCGCAAUUUAGCGUGCGAUGCUAAUCACACACUGUUGCGAGAUGGCAUUUGCAUCCUCCAAAGCCUUUUGUGACAAACGGGCCACCAUUUCAAAGGGAAAAUACAUUUUCGUUUACAAUGGUGCAGCAAGACAAAUGAGUACGCGAUGAUGGUCGCACACUGCUGUGGGACGAGGAGCUUGAACUCCUCACGCCACAAACGUGGGUUACUUGCAAACGGAUUAUUGCUUUAAAGUGAAGGAAACAUGCUUUACAAUCAUAAUUUUGCAAUAGAGUACUGUAUGUCCUGCUGGUCACACACUGCAUCAUUUCUAAGGGAUUUUUAUUUAUUUUAUUUUUUUUCUUCGAAGGAGCCGUGGGUUGGGCAGCACAAAUGCCAUUCCACAAAAAAAAAAAAAAAAGUGUGUGACCAGCAUGCCAUUCUCAACAUUUGAAAUGGCUUUCCAAUGAUAAAGGAAAGAAGCAUUGUGAAAAAGGCCUAUUUCCAAACCUUUUGUUGUAUGUUUAAAUAAGCUGCUUCAUUCCAGUCAAGGUUGAAUUGGGGGUCAUUUAUUGAUAUAUCUUUGACCAAACAUAUAUGAUACAUACACGUCUGUUUAAUACAAUGCUGAUUUCCAACAGAAUGAUCAGGUUUAAUUAGUUAUGGUGUAUUUUGGGGCUCGUUUUUGGCACCAUCAAUAUUUUAUCACAGGAUUUUUGCUUCACUGUCUCUGUUCUUAUUCAUAUUUAAAGCCAUUAAAU